AUUAUUGAAGAAGGUAUCCAACAUCUAUCACACAAAAUGCGAAUUCCCAAUGAUAUCACCAACGUGCACAUCACUCUGCUAGCUCUAGUCUACACCGCAAUUCAAUCCCCUUCAGCGGAUGUUUGGAUCUCGAGCGGUGCCGCGAUGCGGUCCUGUCUAGAGCUUGAACUUCAUCCAGAGUUUAGAGCAAUUCUCCUCGACCGCUCUCAAUGCAAGCUCUAUCGUCGAGUGUUUUGGGCAGCAUAUUGUAUGGGCAGAUCCGUCUGUUCGGCGCUCCGCAGG